AUGACGGACGUAACCGUGGUCAGGUUCUCGUUUGAGGGGGACAAGUUCGAGAUCCUGGUCAAGCCGGAUCCUGCGCUGGACUACAAGCUGGGAAGGAAGAAGGACAUGUCCGCAGUCAUGGUGUCUGAUGAGAUCUACACCGAUUCUGGCAGGGGAACCCGGGCAUCGUCUGAGAAGAUCCUCAAGGCGUUUGGAACGGAGGAUCGCGCAGAGGUGGCAAGGCGCAUACUGGAGAAGGGCGAUCUCAACCUCACCACGGACCAGAGGCGCAAGAUGAUAGAGGAGAAGCGGAGGCAGCUGGUGACGCACAUCUCCAGAAACUUUGUGGAUCCCAGAUCCCACCUACCCCACCCGCCCCUGAGAAUAGAGCAGGCGAUGAAGGACGCCAAGGUCUCAAUCGAUCCGCACAGGAGCGCAGACGAGCAGGUAAAGGAGACAGUCGAGAAGCUUCGAAGGAUCAUCCCCCUCAAGACAGAGAACCUCGAUCUGGAGAUCGUCGUGCCCGCGCAGUACGUGGCCCGAUCCUAUUCGAUCCUCAAAUCCACCGGACAGCUCAAGCGCGAGGACUGGCUUCCCAACGGCUCCCUAAAAGCAAUACUUGAAAUAUCCGCCGCAGCAAGGCCAACUGUGAUAGACCGAUUGGGCUCGAUUACAAAGGGCACCGCCACGGUGGAGAUGGUUCGCUGA